CUGACGUCGCGGCGCGGCCGGCGGCCCGGGAGGCGGGGAGGCCGGGAGGCGGGGAGGCAGCGGCCGGCGCGGCCCAGCCCUGCCCGCAGCUGCGGCGGCAGGGUUGCGGGCGGCGGCGGCAGCGCUCCCGGCCCGCUCCUGACCGCCCCCCGCCGCUGCCCGGUUUCUCACUUGGUCCGGGUGUCUGCGCCCGGUUCGGCCGGCCCUCGGCCACUGCCACUUCCCUGCCAUGGCCCUCGUGCGGGGCGCCGAGCCGGCGGCGGGGCCCUCCCGCUGGCUCCCCACUCACGUCCAGGUGACCGUGCUGCGGGCCCGCGGGCUGCGGGGCAAGAGCUCGGGCGCCGGCAGCACCAGCGACGCCUACACAGUGAUCCAGGUGGGCCGCGAGAAGUACAGCACGUCGGUGGUGGAGAAGACGCCGGGCUGCCCCGAGUGGCGUGAGGAGUGCUCCUUCGAGCUGCCGCCCGGCGCCCUGGACGGCCUGCUGCGGGCGCAGGAGGCCGACGCGGGCCCGGCGCCCUGGGCCGCGGGCUCUGCUGCCGCCUGCGAGCUGGUGCUCACCACCAUGCACCGCUCGCUCAUCGGCGUCGACAAGUUCCUGGGCCAGGCCACCGUGGCGCUGGACGAGGUCUUCGGCGCAGGCCGCGGCCAGCACACACAGUGGUACAAGCUGCACUCCAAGUCAGGCAAGAAGGAGAAGGAGCGUGGCGAGAUCCAAGUCACCAUCCAGUUCACUCGCAACAACCUGAGCGCCAGCAUGUUUGACCUGUCCAUGAAGGACAAGCCACGGUCCCCCUUCAGCAAGAUCAAGGACAAGAUGAAGGGCAAGAAGAAGUUCGAUCUGGAAUCCGCCUCUGCCAUCCUUCCAAGCAGCGCCGUGGAGGAUCCUGAGCUGGGCAGCCUGGGCAAGAUGGGCAAAGCCAAAGGCUUCUUCCUCCGCAACAAGCUGCGCAAGUCGUCUCUGACCCAGUCCAACACCUCGCUGGGCUCGGACAGCACCCUGUCCUCGGCCAGCGGGAGCCUGGCCUACCAGGGCCCGGGUGCCGAGCUCCUCACCCGCUCGCCCAGCCGCAGCAGCUGGCUGUCCACCGAAGGGGGCCGGGACUCUACACAGUCCCCCAAGUUGCUCACCCACAAAAGGACCUACAGUGACGAGGCCAACCAGAUGCGAGCGGCUCCUCCCCGGGCCCUUCUCGACCUUCAGGGCCACGUCGACACAGCCUCCCGCUCUUCCCUCUGUGUCAAUGGGAGCCACAUUUACAACGAGGAGCCCCAGGGCCCCUUGCGGCACCGCAGCUCCAUCUCGGGCCCAUUCCCACCCUCCAGCUCCCUGCACAGCGUCUCUUCUCGGCCCUCCGAGGAGGCGCCUCGGUCUGCGGAUGACUCCUGGGGCAGAAGCAACCGCAGCACCAGCAGCUCAGAGGUGGCACCUGGACAGGAGGAGCUGAGCUCUCAGGCCAAAGUGUUGGCCAUUGGGGCCAGCCACUCUGGAGAGGAGGAGGGGGCACGGCCCCCAGAGGGGAAGCCCGUGCAGGUCGCUACACCCAUGGUGGCCUCUGAGGCUGUGGUGGAGAAGGAGGGAGCCCGGAAAGAGGAGCGGAAGCCCCGGAUGGGCCUCUUCCACCAUCACCACCAGGGGCUGAGUCGGAGCGAGAUGGGGCGCCGCGGCUCUCUGGGAGAGAAGGGUGGUCCCACUCUGGGGGCCUCCCCGCACCACUCGUCCACUGGGGAGGAAAAGGCCAAGAGUAGCUGGUUUGGCUUGAGAGAACCCAAGGAACCAACUCAGAAACCCAGCCUGGACGUGUCUCCUCAGGUAGAACCUGACCCAGCUGCUCUUCCUCACCACCUCCCCUGCUCCCCCCGUGCUCCGGCCCCCCCCACUCCUGCUCCCACUGCUGCUCCCAUGCUAAGCACUAACCUUUUAGCAGCCGCCUCCCCCGCUGCUGCCACUGCUGCUGCCACCACCGCCGCCCCUGAAGCCACCCCAUCUGGAUUCUUGGGUCUCACCAACCCGUUCCUCACCUCCUUGCAGAGCAACCCUUUCUUCGAGGAACUCAUAGCCGACAUAGCACUAAACUCUCCUUCACCUGCUCCCUCUCUCCCCAGUGCCUCGAGGGCCAGCCCCACCCCCCUGGCCUCCCCUGGGAAAGCCCCGCCUGAGUGGGACGACACCUUCAACGUCUUUGCUGCCAGCAGGCUGCGUCCAGAGGCCAGGAGCAAGAUCCUGGCCCCUGCAGGAGUGGGGCUGGAGGCGACUGGGCUGCGAGACCCAGGCCCCGGGGCCAUGACAGUGAAGGCAGCUGAGCCCCGGGGGGACCCUGGGGGAGGAGGAAGAGGUGGGAGCAACGUGUGGCUGGAGCCCAGGGUUCCUCUGGACUUGGGACUGGACCGCCAGAGCACGAGUGCGGCUGACCUGGGGCCCCUUGGGUCCGUAGGGGCUGGCCUGCCCUCCACAUCAGCCCAGCUGCACUCCAGAGCCUCGGACCCCGAAGCAGACAGGGAGCUGCUGGCCCCAGGAGGGGAAGCAGGGCAGAGUCCAGCAGACAGUGCGACGUCUCUCUUUAGCUCCCCAGAAGUGAUCAGCGUGUGGGAGAGGCUGCCUGGCCCAGACGACGCCCCUGAGGGCCAGGAUAAGGAGGCCUCCCAAGGCGAAAGCCAGCUUUUGCACGAGCUCAAUACAGUGGACAAUUCCUGGCCUUGGGAUGUGGUUACUAUUUCUCCUGCGGCUGAGACGUCCUCACCAGUCCUGCAGGGAGAGUCUGAUGAGCUGCCUCCUCCCCAGGUGCAGCCAGAGUCGCCAGAACCCGUGAGCCCCAAGGGGAGCCAGGCACUUCCCCCACUAGAGCUGGAGCCAGAGCCCAAACCCAAGCUGGCGUCCGGCAAGGGGCUGCAACCCAGCACACCACCUCCCAAGCCACCACGCCUCUUCACCCCCUCAGUUUCCCAGGAGAAGGAGGAGGAGGAUGCAGGGGAGCUGAGCAGCAGAGGGGCAGAGACAGGAGGAGAAGACACCUUCCCAAGUGCUCUGGUUGCUGGUCUCCAGGAGGCCAAGGAGGAGGACAAAAAGCCCAGGUUGGAGUCUGACAGCCGUUCUUCUGGAACCCUGCUGGGUGAGCCAGGCCUGGAAGAUCUAGUGGAGGAUGCCAGCCGUGCGGGGUCUGGGCCCUGCCUGUCUCUGCCCACCAGCUGCCCUCAGGCUCCUGCCCCCAUACCCUGUUACUCAAAGAGUUUGGCUCUUCAGAGUCAGCAGAGCUGGGGGCCUCCAGAAAGAGAAGGCUCUGAGGUUCCUGAGGCCCAGAGCCAGGGACCAGUAGGAGAGGGGCUUGGGCCCCUGUCUGGCAGCUCCCAACAGGCUGACCUGUGGGCCUCGGAGGAGGAUGCCUUGAACCCCUUCUUGUCUCAGGGGAGCCAAGGUCCCCCCAGCCUCCCGUCCACAUCCCCUCCAGGGUCCAGGGAAUCUUCCGUCCACUCUGGUCCAGAAGAGCUGCCCACCCCCACAGAGCCUGCCUUUCCACCGCCCCCUCUCCUGCCCUGGGCCAGCCACCGCCACGGGGGGCCCAGCCCUCCGUGUUCUCCCCCGCCUGGAGCCUGGCCCCUGACCUCUUCCUCUCCACCCCCCGGGGAGCCAGCCUCCCCCUCUGCGGGCUCCCCUGCCCCACUUGGGGAGGACCGUGCUGCAGCCACCCCAGCCUCCCCGCUUGUGCUUCUGCCCUUGGAGACACGACCAGCUGAGGAGCCACAGCCCAGUGCCAGUCCCCACCCUGUGAAGCCCCUCAGUGCUGCCCCCGUGGAGGGCAGCCCCGACAGGAAGCAGCCCCGCUCCAGUCUGAGCACAGCCCUGAGCAGCGGGCUGGAGAAGCUCAAGACAGUUACAUCUGGCAGCGUUCAGCCUGUGGCUCCGGCCCCUCAGGUCGGCCAGACAGUGGACACCAAGAGGCUGAAGGACUCAGGUGUGCUGGAUCAGUCGGCCAAGUACUACCACCUGACCCACGAUGAGCUCAUUGGCCUGCUUCUACAGCGGGAGCGGGAGCUGAGCCAGCGGGACGAGCAUGUGCAGGAGCUGGAGAGCUACAUCGACCGGCUUCUAGUGCGGAUCAUGGAGACCUCACCCACGUUGCUGCAGAUCCCCCCUGGCACCCCCAAGUAGUCCUCUUCACUCCCGCCCCGGGAGGGUUGGCGUGGACCCAUUGCCCUAACAGGGCUCACACCCUCCCUCCCUCCCACUGAACUCAGCCUCCCCGGGGCAGGGUGCAGUCUGUCCUCUAUUGUGACUCUUUGCUCUCCCUCCUGCCUCAGUGGGGCUGCUGGAAAGGGGCCCUUUGGACUCCCAUUGGAGGCAUCAGGUUCCGUGUACAACUUGUGUGUCUUUGGGAGCCCUGGGUCUUUCCCACCUGCCUAUUUUCGUAUCCCUUAGCUUUGGGAGCUCCAGGGAAUUGGAACAAAGCAUUCAGCCCUCAAGAUGGAGCAGGGGCAAGCUGCAAUUUGAUAUGGUAUCUGGGACAUAGUUUAUUACCCCUCAAGGAUGGUUGUCCAUUUCUUCCACGGCUAAACCCUCAUCUUCUUCAUCUCUCUCUAGCCCCUAGGGGACUCUUAGUAUUACUGGGUCAGUGGCAAGGACCAAGCUGCCCGUUUGUGAUUUAUGGGCAACCAGAGCACCUGCUCUUCAGCCUCACAUCUGUUCCCCUGAGAGAAAAGAGCCCGUGUGGUCUGCUGUAGUCUCAUUUCUGCCAUGCCCUGAGUCUGUCUGUUUCUAGCUAUUUGCGGAGCGAGUGCAGUGUGGAUGGAGGGAGAUGAUGUGUUCUCCAGGCCACUCCCUGCCCUCCUCUUCUGACCUUCCCUUUGAGUGUCAUGUGUGAAUGUGUGGAGAGCUGGGGCAGGUGGGGGGAGAGCGCCUCCUCACCCACCUUCAAGGUGUGGGCCCCUCUAGGCCUCAGGGUUUGGGGAUCAAGCCUUGUCUCUGCUCUUGUUGCCUGUCCAGAUGCCAAAACUGUGCUGCUGCAGGGUUUGACCUUUUGGAAACCAAUGAAAAUGUGCCUUUUGUGGGUGGGGUCAAGAGCCUCUGGAUGUAGACCUCUCCCCCUGUUUGACAUCCCCCUCCCUCCCUGUUGAGCACAAGGGGCUGAUCUGUCAGGGCUCUGGGAAUGGGAAAGGAGGAGGGGGGCAGCCCAGCUGGGCUCUCUGCCCCUCCCCUAGAGUUAAUUUCAGUUAAGGGUGUGGCCAAGCUGCUGCUGCUCCCUCGGACUCCCUGCUCUCUUCUCCUCCUCCCUCAACCCCAAUUGGGGAGGGUUCUAGGAUAAAAACUGCAUUCUGGAAGUGGGAGGUCCCAUCUGCCUAUAACUUAGGAAAAGCCUUUGUUGCCCUCCCAUCCAUCCACUAGCUGCCAUCCCAGCCUCUCUUCUGCCCCAUGGCCUUGCCUGGCUUGGCUGCAGUUCACUUUGAAAUGAAGUGUCUGCCCUUUGGCCCAGCCCCUGCUGCAGAAACAUGGCAGGCUUCCCCAUGGCAUCUGCAGGGAACCUUUGGUGGUUUGGGGCACCCUGCUUUAGCAAAAGUUCUGGGAUAAGGAGGUAUUGAAGGAGGGUACUUUUGAACCAGUGAGGAGCUAGAGGGUGAGAGCAAGUCUGGGAUUGCCUCUUCUUUGUGAGGGCCUGUGGGAUCGGUCGGGAAGCCUUGGGAGGAGAUGUGCUCUAUGGGUAACAUCUUCUGCCAGAAGCAGAGGAGCCCCACACAUGGGGGAAGGCCUCUGUGAUGUUAUCUACCUUAAGGACCACUCAUCAAAGCUUGAGGAAAGUGUCCACAGGUGCCUAGGACUUCGGUCAUGUUUUUUGGGGUCAUUGAAGGUUGGAGAGGUGUCUGGGGGGGGGGGUCACUCCUCUACUAGGUAUUCCUCUGGGCUCUAUUCAGUCCCAGCCCUGACCCUGAUCUUCUACUCAUCCUUGAUUGUGGGCCUCCAAAAUGCCCAGCACAGGGAUGUCUUCGGGAGAGUUUUGAGUUGAAGCCCAAGGUUCUUAUUGGAUGUUUCUGCUCCUGGCCACAAGUUAGAGGAGAGCUGCUGGUGGGGUGGGCAGGGAGCAGGCACAGUUCUGCUUUGCUGUUUGUCUUCCUAGUUGUAACUCCUGUUUAUAAAGAGCUUGUUCUUCAUGUUUUGAGCACUUUAUGAAGAAUAAAAAGUUCACAUACUGCA